GCUCCCGCGGUCUCACUACUCUCUCACAUUCAAGUGCGAACAGCACUGAUCGGCUUUUUGCUUCUCUUUACUCGAGGUACUUCUUGCCGUUUCAUAUAUAAAUAGCUAACUAUAUACCCCUCUCUCCUAACUGUACUCCAGACAUGAAGAUCAAGAAGAAGGAGCUGCGGAAGCGAGAGGCUCAACUCCCGAUCAACUACCCCGACCCAGAUGUCCUCCCUGAGUCGCUGCCGGGCGGUGCGAUCGACCUGGAGGUGGAGAUGGUCCAGGUGGAGAUCCUCUGCAAGCGGCUAGCACACAACGAGGUGGUUGUGCGCGACGCCGUGUUGGCUGAACUUCCCCACUACCUCGAGCGCCUCACCACGGCGAUGCGGGCGAUGGAGAAGAACUACGAGGCGGAGAUCGCGGAGGUCCAGGCGUACUUCAAGGCGCACCGCAGAGCGCCAAAUCCGUACCACUACGAGAAUUUGCCGUUGGCGCUUCAAGUUUUUCGCGAGAAGGCUGUGGGGCAGGAGCGCGAAAACCGCCGCAAGCAGUCGCUGCGUGAAUUGCGCCAUCAGCAGGCGGAAGCGCGGCGCGAGAACGAUCAGUACGGCCGCUUUGGAAAGGCCGCCGGUGAUGCUGACGGUGAGAGUGACGAGGAGGACUCCAACGCCGGAUUAAAUUGGGGCCCACGCCCGCCGCACGAGUACAAGGGCGAGAAUAUGCACCGUGAGCGCUAUCAGGUUUGGAUGGAGGCAUGGUGCGACCUCGAACUUGUCUUUCUGAAGCUGGCUCGCGGCAUUCACUACUGCAUGUGGCACUCCGACAAGCCCCUCGUGCAGCUCGCGUGCGCGCAGAAGAUUGCGGACCUGCUGUAUGCCCCGCAGACGACGCGCUGCAAGGUGCUGUUUUAUGGUGCCCUCUUCCGCGUCCUUGCCCGUGAGUGGUCCACGAUCGACCGCUACCGCAUGGACAAGUACUUAGCCCUCGUGCGGCGCAUGGUGUUCGCGUACGUCAAGCUUGUGCGCGAGAUUCACGAGGAAGAAGUCGCGGCCUUGGCAACGCGCGGUGCCUCGUCCGCCAAGGACGACAAGGAGAUCGGGGACGCUCAGCCUCCGCCGACCAAGAAAGGCAAGGCGGCUGGAAAGCGCAGUCGUGACGGAGCCACCACCGCCGCAGCCGCAGAGACGACAGCGGAGGCGGAGGCGUCCUCGGAGACGGAUGACAACACUUCGGCGAACUGGAAGGUCUCGCACGGCAUUCCGCACGCCGCAGUUAAAAAGUACCUCGGCAAUGCCACCCACACCGCAGAGAUUGUGGAGGAAAUAUUCUUUAUUCUCCAGCGCCAGAUCUUCGUCAACACGGCAAGCAUCGGAAUGACGAUGCACAUCUGCGACGUCGUUUUCGAUGAGCUAGUGAGGGCCGCGACAGGCGUGGACCUCUUCCUUGCCCUGGCAGCCGGCAUCCCACUCUACGCCAUGAGUCAAGGAAACUACGUCGAGAAGCGUGUGUUGGACAACUUCUUCCCGCCCAUCGCGGGAGGCGUCUAUGCGCAGCGUAGGGCAGAGCAGCUGGCGCAAACCAUGGCGGCCGCCGUGGCCACGGCAGGUGCGGGCAAGAAGGCUGUCGGGAGUAGUGGUAAGGCCCGCAGCUCUGCCGCCGCCACUGCGGAGGCGCUCGAGGCGAAGGCGACGGCGCAGGCCACGGCGGAGGCGAACACGAUCAUGCUGGAGGUCGCCUUCUGCUGUCGAAAAUACGCCGUCGCCCGCGGCAUCGCCCACGAGGUGCGGCCCAUGUUUUCCGAGGCGGAGCUCAUUCUGCGCCAGUCCGCGGACCCCGACUCUUUCCAGGAGGUUUCGUUCUCCGGACAGCGUCGCCGCAUCGAGCGUGAGCUCGCCGACGUGGAUGGCAUCCGCGGGAAGGUGCGCAGUGAGCGUCAGGCCGUGCGUGAUAUGAAGAAGCAGAACCGAAAUACGGAGAUGAGGCAGAAGGUGAAGGCACGCAAGGCUGCCCUCAUCGCGGAGGGCGGGGAGAAGACUGGUAUCACCAAUGCAGAGCUGCGAAAGAAGAUUGUGUCGGAGGAGACGCGGGCGAAACGCAAGCCCGUGCACAACACGAAGCGGAAGAAGGCUUACCACCUCACAAAGCAAGAUUUGUACGGCGACGCUGAUCCGGCGAGUAAGAGCUACUAG